AUGUCUAGAAACUGGAACUCCCGCUUCGACAUAGUAGCGAGCUUGGCCGCUAGACCAGUGUUCCAGACAGCACAGCUCGAUAUCACAGGAAUCCCUGUUGUCAGCGACCAACAAAGUCUUCCAAUUGAGUUGUCGAGGACCGAGGAGAGCCAUCUACUCAACACGGGCUGGCCCCAUGUCCAAUCGCUCUGGCCCAUCCUUGGGGUGGGAGAAUUCCAGGCCUAUUACGAUUCCCUGUGGACGCCGAGACGCAAAGUCCGGCAGUCAUCAGCUCUUGUCGACAGUUUACUUGCCAUUUGCAUGCAGGUCACCAGUACUGCUGUCGCCAAUAAUGAAUCAGGUCGCAGCAAUGUUCGAAUAGCCGGGCAACAGCUUUAUAAUCGCACCUGGCAACUUCUUCUAGAAGAGGAACAGGCGGCCCCAACGCUGGCCACGGUGCAGACUUUCAUCUUCUCGAGCAUCUAUUUGCUGUACACAGACCGCAUUGAGCCUGCAUACGCCACGAUCGACGGCGCAGUGCGUUUGGCAUAUGGGCUAGACCUCCACCACGAUCCACCAGAGGGAAUGGAUGCGAGGCAGCGGGAGGUCCGGCGCCGGGUGUGGUGGGCUUUGUAUACAUUGGAGAGCUAUCUCACGACUAGUAUGGGACUGCCAUCUCUCAUCGUACAGGGUGAGGUAUCAUGCGGCUGGCCGACGAUCUCCCCAAUGAGCGGCUCAAGCUCGAAUCACUUUCAAGUGCACUGGGCCAAGCUGCUCAUGUCAAUCCAGAUUGUACGCACAGUCUUUGACCAACAACAAAAGGAGAUUCUCCGGGAAACCUACGAGACCGACAUUAGCAACCUACCUGGCCUCCUGGAGUCUAUCGCAAUGUUCAUGGUGCGACCUCUCAAGGCUGUCCGGGAAGGGCUUAAAGCAGUCCCUUCUCCGUUGCGGAUUCCUCGAAAGGACGGUAGUCGGGGGUUCUCAUUCCUCUUGAAAGGAGCAACUGUUAGUCUAGACGGUAAAGCCCCCUUAUGGCUUCAGCGGCAGCAGUAUGCCCUGGAAAUCAGCUACCAUAGUCUGAGUCUGGCGGUUUUACGACCGUUUCUCUACUUGCAGGGCGGCGAUUCGGGCUCCAUGCCGCGAGCACAUGCACACGCUGUCACUGGCGUGAAGCAUGCCGUCACCUUAACGGUGAUCUGCCACCAGUGUCUGACUGAAAGUGAAAGUCUUGCGAGGAGUCUCCCGAUGUUCCGCUGCCAGUGGGAUAGCUGCCUAUACCUCAUUACCUUCAUUUUGGCCAAUCCAAUGUGUACCUUCGCUGCAGAAGCCCAAAAUGCGGUGGAUACUGCUGAGGUCGCAUUUGCUAUUCUCGUGAACAGUCUAGGGUUGUCGUGCCGAGCGUCAGAGAUCAUGGAUGAUCUUCGCAGGCGCGCAGAAGAGAUGGUUCAUCCUCCUGCACGCAUGGUGUCACCAAGCCAGCCCGCAUCGUGCAUUGACUCCGCAGCAGCGUCCUCUCCAGGGUCUCAUGUAUCUAGCGGCGUCGUAUCCGAUCAUGGCCAUCUGGGCGCGUUUGGGGAGGCACAAAUUCCACCUACGGUUGACCCAUCAAUUGGCUCUGAUGUGGGUAGCCUCGAAUUUUUCACAGCGACAGAGUCAGAGCUAUCAAUGGAAUCGGCGUUUGACGUGUCUAGCCUGGCACAGGAAGUACCGAGUUGGACCGACCACAGCAUAUUGGAUGUUAACAUGAGUUGGGUGGGGGACAAUGUACUAGUCGAACCGUGGCAAAGUAAUCUGGAUCAUGUGUUUAGAUAG